ACACACAUGUAGACACACUCCUCACCCACACACACCUCACACAUACACACCUCACUCACACACGUACACACACACACACGUCCCGGUGAGGAGGCCAUGUGGUGGUUCCAGCAGGGUUUGUGUAUCCUGCCAGUGGCCCUGGUGGUGUGGACAGCAGCCACCUUCAUCCUGGCCUACAUCACAGCCGUGCUGCUUCGACAUGUGGACCCCCUGGUGCCUUACAUCAGCGACACAGGUACGGUGCCUCCUGAACGCUGCGUGUUUGGAAUCAUGCUGGACGUGUCAGCAUUCUUAGGCAUUGCGACCACUUAUGUGCGCUACAAGCAGGUACAGGCCCUGACAGAAGACGAGGAGUACAAACUCCACAAGCUCAACCUGUUUGGUCUGGUGUUGGGCUGGAUUAGCUCCUUUGGGAUGUGUGUCGUUGCUAACUUCCAGAAGACCACCCUGUUCUCCAUGCACCUGGUGGGGGCUGUGUUGACGUUUGGCGUGGGGGCGCUGUACAUCCUGGUGCAGACGCUGGUGUCCCUCUACAUGCAGCCCCACGUCCACGGCAAGACCGUCUUCUGGGUGCGCCUGGCUGUAGGAGUGUGGACCUUCUCCAGCAUCAUCAGCAUGUUUGUGUCGUCUGUCAUCAUGUACAGCAGUCUACCUGGGGUGGACGUGGCCCACAAACUACACUGGAUCCCAGGAGAGACGGGCUACACAGCUCACCUCAUCAGCACCAUCUCAGAGUGGUCGCUGGCCAUGUCCUUCAUCAGCUUCUUUCUCACCUACAUCAGAGACUUCCAGAAAAUAACCUUGCGAGCUGACGUCAACCUACACAGCAGUCACCUCUAUGAUUCGCCGCAUUAUAGCAUCACAGCACCCGUCAACCAAUCAGAGACAUCGCCGUUACUAGCAGGAAGUAUCUAAAACUCAGGGACUGUGUUCAACUCUCCCAGUAAUGGGGUUCACCUGACACAUAUAUGACAAGUGGACAUGGAUUUACAGGAGCCGGUAAAUCCACAUUUCCACUAAAUGUUUGUACUAAGAGAGUAGCUAGUCUAUAUUACUACUUUUUUACAUUUGUAAGGCACAUUCCCUGGAGGUGCCAAGAAAUGUACAGGUAGAUAUACGUUAGGAAAUUAAGUCGUCUACCUGAACAAGUAUAUUUUAAUAGAAUAAAUCUUGCUCAGAUGUUUAUCUAUUUUGAUUCUGGAAGUAAUUAUGUUUCUCACUUUCUAACAUUGCCGUUUUGUUAUUUUGCUGCUUCACUUGUGACCAGUUAAGUAGAAAUUUGUUUUUUUUCUCUCUCAAUUGCCUACACACGUUAUCUGAAAGCAAGGUUCGUUUUCUCAAAACUCUAAACACAAAUCCAAAAGCUGACACACCAAAACACAGAACUCCACAAAUCAAAACUGCUAAACGGAACAAUCUAACAAUCUAAACGGAAUCUAAUUUGAAACGUUGUCUUGAAAUGACAUGCAAACCAACAACUGAGUAGACAUUUCUAACAAUCAGACACUGAUGUGCUCAGUGGGAAACACUUCUAUCAUACUGUAAUCUUACCGUUUGAGUAAGGCUUUUGUAUUUCCAGUGUUACACUGCAUACUGGAUGUACAGUAGCCUGUUGUAAACUGUUAUGUUUUCCAUCUGAACAUGAGUAAAGAUCGAACUAUCAAGUGUGGUUUAGGACUGCACAAUGAGGGAAAAACAGACGUGCUUAUAAAUGUGCUGGAUUGGUGUAAGAUAACGUACAAAUGUUUUUGAUUUUUGUGUUAAAGUUUUAGUGUUACUGUGUAAGCAACUGAGAGAAACUGUUAAUAUGUUGACAAGCCUUCAAUUAAUCACACUGCAGUAUUAUUCAGCUGUCAAUAAUUUAUAUCUUUCAAAACUUUUACAACAAGGCCCUAAAUAGGGAAGAUAAUUAAGGUUUUGAAUGAUGCUGUUGUCAAAUCUGUUUACACAUUUUGCCACAAACCUGAUCCAGCCAGCAUUGGUUCUGUCCUCCAGUUCGGCAGGGUAUAAUUGUCGUUGACAAAUCAGACUGGUAAUCAUGCACUGACAUAGUGCAUAUUUAAUAUCACACCUUGUGCAAACCUGCUGUAUACAAAAGACUUUACACACAGUCCCCAGUUUUAUAGGUCUAUCGCAUCUGUCAAGUUGAAACAGCUUGCAUUUCAAUGUGUCUGAGCUGUCCAUAAGGCAGACUAGGCUGCUAAUUAUUCUGGGUCAUCAUGAAAUACUUAGCUUAAUGACCACAAGCCCUUAAACCAUUAAACACCUGCUACAGUGAGUAGGUUGAGUUCAGUAGGAACAUUUGCCCGGAGACAAGCGCUGUAGAGAUUUUUACAGUAAACAUCAGUCGCAGGGAAGUGAUAGAUGAUGGUUUGUACGUCAGAACAUUGUCGACUGGUCAUUGUGUCUUGCUGUCAAAGCCAGUGCUGGAGUACUGAACCAAAACACAAGGUGUCAUUGUACAGCUUUUGUUGCUAACUGUACUAAGGGAUGUUGUACCCAAUCCAACGUAUUCUAUGUUUAUUUGCCUUUGAAAGAAAACUGUCACCAAUAAAUCAUUUUCAAACCACUCUUA